UAAAGUAUACAACCUAUUGAUCAAAACUUUUAAAAGAAUACACAUCUAUCAAUAAAAAUUGUUGUUAUCCUAAUUUUUAAAUCAGAACCUCAAACUACAAUAGUUCUCAAUGAAAAUAAAAAAUUUCCUUAAAUAGAAUUUUUGAGAAUUUUAUCUAAAAUAUACAACCAAUUGAUAAAAAAAUCUUAAAAAAUACACAUCUAUCAACAAAAAUUCUUGUUAUCCUAAUUUCUAAAUCACAACCCCAAAUCGACAAAAUUUCUAUUAAAAAUUAAAACUUUCCUAAAAUAAAAUUUUUGAGAAUUUUUUUUGAUUACCGAAGACUGUUGCCUGGCCAUGACCCACCCUCGGGUGUGCGUCCGCGCCGCUAAAGGGUUCGGUCUCUAGUCUGGACCAUUACAGUAGGGCCAGGACACUUAGUUAUCAAAAAAAAAACAAGAUAAAAACAAUACAUAUUAUCUUGUAGACAAUAAUUAUCCAAAUCACUAGAUAUUUUCUUUUAUAUUAUUUAUAUUUGUUUAACCAAUGUAACUUUUAAGGUGAGAGUUUAGAGUGAAAAAUUACUACACAGAUAAUAAUAUAUAUAAUUAUAUAUAUUUCAAAAAAAAAUCAAAUAAGAAAAAUAUCUGAAUUCAUUUCACCAGGCUGAUACUCACAUAUAGAUGGGUUGGGAAACUUCUGGUUUGUAAACUCCAUAAUUUUCUCGUCUGUGCAGAUUUUAAGAUGGUUGAGUUUAGAAUUUUUCAUGGCAAAAUACAUCUUGGUUGGCAAGCUAUGGCAUUGUCACUGCACAUAUGUCAUGCUCGGUCUUUCAGUUAGUUAAAUGGUGUCUUGUCGACCUCAGGUCCAGCUACCGUCAUGGAUGUUGCAUCAGUAACUUGUUAGGAGAAAUUCUCUUUUUUUUUUAGGAUGAAAGUUAAGAGUGUUGGCUGAGGAGAAGGAAUUGGCGGUCCAGAAAUCUUGGAUUGCUGCUCGUUUGACACACGACCCAAAGGUCUGGUCGAUGACCGAGUGUGAUCUAAAUGGAACCGGAAACCAAAAACGCUUUUUGGAUUGACUCGGUGGGUGGAAUAAAUGGGUACUGACUCGUUCAAUCAAUGGAGAAUAUGGAGCUUGAAUCACCCAAACAAUAUGGUGUGGAUUCCUUAGAACUUAGAGAACUAAGGGAAAAUAGGACACAAAUUACUCAACUUUUUGUGAAUUGAGUAAUACUUUCACUAAAAAUUAAAUUUAUCAAGGGUAACUUAUAACUGAGAUGUCAAGGAACUUAUAUAAUAACUUAACCUUGUCUUUGGAAUAUGGUUAAGUUUAAAAUUUAGGCCAAUUAUUUUAAUGGAAAAAGGCUUUUUGGUUAGUAAUAAUAUAUAUCAUUGUUUUUAGAACACAUAUAUCAGUAGUUCAAAAAAAAUAAGAACACAUAUGUCAUGAUCGAUCCUUCGGUCGGUCGAGUGGUAUGUCUUAUAGACCUCCGGUUCUGCUACCGAACGAUGUCGAACGAUUUUUCUCUCGUUUUUGAAAAAAUAAAAAAAAUAAAAUAAUAUGUCAUUGUCACCAAAGAAACCCUGAAAACGAAAUCCCUCCCAGCGACUAUCGUUAUUAUUCUUCUUCGCCGUAAUUGUUCUCAAGCCAAAAAAGCAUAUUCCUUUUUGCCAUCUUUGUCGUCAAGAGAUCCCAAACACAACACAGAAAGAAAAACAAAAAAGCUUCUCACUCUUUCUCUUAUGUUCCUUGUCUUUUCCCUUCAAUUAACAAAUUCACGUCGCGUGUAAAUCCUUUGCAAUAAUACAUCGACUAAUACGAAAAUAACCAAUAAAUAUUAUUCAAAUGGAUUCGGAUGAUGGGAACGUAUCACACAUUUUACCAAAGAGGAGUCUCUUACAUGUACCUGGAAGCUUGGCCUUGGAAGCGUUUAGUUGCAUCACCAAGUUCACAGGAGCUAUGCUUUGUUGGUGGAACAACAACAACAAUUUGCAGAAAAUGGAGAUUUCUAACUAUCAAUUGAGGAGCUGUGAUGAUGAUUCUUCUGUGAAGAGUAGUUGUUAUCAUCCCAACUUCUCUCUGUUUCAUAUUCACUACGGAUCAAAAGAAGAUUUAAUCCCUGCCUUGUUCUCUAAAUCAACUAUUCAGCAUUUUGUUAAUGAAGCUGAGAGGCUACACUCUUGUUCCGUCCUCUCCUUGGCUGUUUCCUUGAUGUCGGUGAAUGGACUUGGUUUGUCUCUAGGGAGUGAUGAUGUUCAAGUUUCGAACAACGUUGAGCAUAGGUCUUGUCAGGUUGGACGUAGUAGUGGUUUGAGUUUUCACAAAUUGGACGCGAAAAGACCAACGGUUGAGCCUCGGACCGGGAUCGAGUUCCCGGUCUCGUUAAAGAAAAAUGCAUCUGGAUUAGCUUCUGAGGUGCUUGUUGCAACUGGAUCACGGACAAUGAAGAUCGUCAAGAUUAAAUCUCUUAAAGUAUAUGCGUUUGGUUUUUAUGUUCAUCCUUCGUCGGUGUGCCAGAAGCUUGGUCCAAAGUAUGCCUCUAUUCCCGGGAGCAAACUCGGCAGAUGUGAUGACUUAUACAAAGAUCUUUUAAGGGAGGAUAUUGUUAUGAGUGUGAGGCUUGUGGUUAACUACAAUGGUUUGAAGAUCAAUACUGUGAGAGAUGCUUUUGAGAAGUCUCUGCGUGCUCGUUUGGUGAAGGCAAAUCCCAAGACUAAUUUCAAUUGCUUAAAUGAUUUUGGUUCAUUCUUCACACAAGACAUUCCAAUCCCCGCGGGAACAGUAAUAGACUUUCGAAGAACAGCUGAUGGACAACUAAUCACAGAGAUUGGCGGUAACAUGGUUGGAGCUGUCCGUAGCAAGGAUCUUUGUAGGGCAUUCUUUGAUAUGUACAUUGGAGAUGUUCCGGUGUCUGAGCAGACAAAAGAGGAGAUUGGUAGGAACGUUGUGGGAAUCUUAAAGAGUUGCUGAAAAAAAUCAAUUUAGACCGACCAAUGGCCCUCUGAGUUUUAGAAGAAGGCACUUGGGUCCGUAAUCUUUCCAUGUCUCUAUUUCGUAUAUGAUUAUGGAAUAUAAAGUACUUAGUAAGCUGUCUUCCAACCCGAUCCAGCUUUACUUUGGUAGACACUCGGCUCUAAAUAAACCCUCCCUGCCUGGCUCUUUAGUGAUAUAUUUUUUCAACAAGGCUUAUCAAUUAUGUAACGAAACUUCAUUAUAGCUAUAUAUAUAGUCGGAUUAUUCAAUGA